AUGACCACAGACAGUAUUUUAAGGAAUGUUAAAUCUUGUAUUCCCAGCUUGGAUAACAACAGUCAUAAAGGUCAAUCUGGCAGAAUAGGUAUAAUUGGUGGUUCAUUAGAAUACACAGGUGCUCCUUACUUUGCGGGAAUUAGUGCUCUAAGAGUUGGUGCAGAUUUGGUUCAUAUAUUCUGUGCUAAAAGUGCAGCCACUGUCAUUAAAUCUUAUAGUCCAGAAUUAAUAGUCCAUCCAUUGUUAGACUGGCCAAAUGCAAUAGAAGAAAUAUCACAAUGGUUUGAGAGACUACAUGUUAUUGUUAUAGGCCCAGGACUCGGAAGACAAAAAGAAACAUUUUCAGUGGUCUCUGAAUUGAUUGAGAUAAUAAGAGAAAAAAGAAUACCGCUAGUAGUUGAUGCUGAUGGGUUAUUCUUAAUUACUGAAAAACCACACUUGCUAAAAGAUUUUAUGUCUCCAGUAAUAUUAACACCUAAUAAAAUGGAGUUUGAAAGACUUUGGAAAAAGCUUGGGAGCCCACCUGGGGAAGGUGUAAACAACCUUGGUAAAUUUGUAACUGUUCUUAAAAAAGGAGAGAUAGAUGAAUUAUUGAGUCCCGACAAUAAUUUAAAAUGGCAAUUGAAUUUAGAUGGUUCAGGCAGGAGAUGUGGGGGGCAGGGUGACUUGCUGGCUGGUUCUAUUAGUACAUUUCUUAACUGGACAUUAGCUAAUCAAAAUAAAAUAGACUUGGAUACAUGUGGAGAAAAAUGCCUUGUAGCUGCAUCAAUUUCAUGUUAUGCUGCAUGUAGUUUAAUAAGAAAGUGUAACAAAAAAGCAUUCAAAGUAAAGGGUCGUAGCAUGUUAGCCACUGACAUGAUUGACUACAUUCAUGAAUCUUUUGAAGAGCUGUUUGGGCAAUAA